CAGUGGCCGGGUGGUGGUCAGGAGGAGAGGUUGGCAUCCCCCUGACCUCCCGCCUCACUUGGGCAGUCUUAAUACACCUUAAUUAUUAGGAUAUCUCAGGGUAGCCAUGAGGGGAGGUAACCAAGGUCACUGGCCCGUGUGGCGUGCGGGGAAGGCUGUAAUGGAGGUGGCACAGCUGGACCUCCCUGGCUCGUUGCUUCCUGUUCUUCCUUCCCAGGGGAUGGUGUUCAAGAGAUAGGAUGUCGAGCCGGCAGUGGUCACCCUCUCAGCGGCCACCCCUCAACCCUCUGGCGGCCGGGCAGCACUGCAACACUAUGAAGGGUGCUGAUUCUUCCCCCACUGCCGCAAGGUCCCCCACUGCUGUUGCACCGCAGACCCUUUGUAAGCGGCACAGUCCAGACAAUCCAGGCCUUGCUGAGAGUGAGAAUGCGCCCCUCUCCCUGCACAACAAGCGACAGCGCACCAAGAGUGGCUCAGAUGUGAUCGAGCCCCUGGUCUCAUCAUGUCAGGACAGUGCCAUACCAGCCCCGGACUGCAGCAGUGUCAAGGGCGAGUCAAUGCCUUUGUGUGAACAUAACAUAAGAACUUCUAGGUUAGAGACAGGACAGGAGGCUGCAGCUCCACACACAGAACCCUCUUGCUCCUGUACAAAGAGAGAGAGUUGCAGCAGCAGUAGUAGUGGUGGUAGUAGCAGUAGUAGUAGUAGUAGUAGUGAUAGUGUAAAUAAUCUAGUAAGUGGGGAGAACCUGAGAACUGAUGGUACAUUAGAGUGCAAAAGUGAAGGUGAAUUGACGGGCCAGAACAGUAUUGCAUUGUACCCGGGUCACCAGCCACUAGCUAAUGGGAAGGAGAAUGGUGGCCUGUCGCCACACUGUGCUGCCACUCUGGAAUAUGUGACCCAGCUGCCUGAGGGGUGUUCUGGAGGGGGAGCUGAUCCCUCUGUCCUGGAGCCUUCCAACUUGACCAGUGCCUGUGAGCCAGAUGAGGAAUUGGAGGAUGAUGACAACUACCUGGACUCAUCUGAGGAAGAGUUGGAGGAUGAACUUACCUUGACAAACAAUGAGGAUGAAGAAAGUUGUGGAGAGGAUGAUCAGAGUGUGAUCAGUUCAGUGACAGUGGGAUCGACCUGCUCCCUACGGUCGGUGGCCAGUGAAGCAUUGAGCACCAUCUGUAUCAAUGAGCAUGGCCUGGCAGCCAAUGAGGAUGGAUCUUUGUUGUAUGCAGAAACCCCCGCGCCUUCCCCACUGCCAUCCUUCACUCCUAGUCUGUUUUCUCAUGUACCGCCUUCAAUCAAUUUUUGCCAGUACAAUGAGAAGACUGUAGAUCUCCCUGUUAUAAUUGGAAGGUUGCUCAAGUGGAGGUUUACCAAUAUCACUCCCCUUAUUGUAAGAAGAACCAUUACCAAUUCAGGAUUUAAGAUAACAAAAAAAACCUUGCAAUGGUGUGGCACAUGGGGGAAGCACAUGAAGUCUCCCUGCUUUAAAUCAGUGCGGGAAUUUCAAAAGAUCAACCACUUCCCGGGAACUUUUCAAAUUGGCCGCAAAGAUAAGCUUUGGAAAAACUUUCUGCGGCUUCAAACAAAAUUUGGGAAGGAAGAGUUUGGUUUCAUUCCAAAGACAUUUGUUCUCCCAGGAGACAUGAAAGCCUUAAAAGCCACCUUUGAUAAGGAGGGUGUCAAGAAGAAGUGGAUAGUGAAACCUCCAGCUUCAGCCAGAGGAACUGGGAUACAGGUUGUCCAUAAGUGGCCACAAGUGCCUACUGACACAGCAGUUGUUGUUCAGAGAUACAUCAGCCGCCCUUACCUCAUCAAUGACACCAAGUUCGAUAUGCGCAUAUAUGUUCUUGUCACUUCCUUCCAUCCACUAAGGAUAUAUCUCUACCAGGAUGGGCUUGUCAGAUUUGCUUCAGUCCAGUACAACAAUGCGUCCACCAGCCUGGCAGACCGGUACAUGCACCUCACCAACUACAGUGUCAACAAGUCAUCAUCAUCAUACACUCACAAUGCAGAUGCUGGCCAGUGUCAGGGCCACAAGUGGACCCUCAAGUCACUCUGGGGGUACCUCAAGGCUCAGGAUGUGGACACAUCAGCACUGUGGAGCAGAGUGGCAGACCUUGUGAUCAAAACAAUCAUCAGUGGGGAGCAUGACAUAGUUGUCCGAACACGGAAAAAUGUCCGGUCUAGGUACUCUUGCCACGAGCUGUUUGGCUUUGAUGUGAUCAUUGAUGAGCGACUGCGACCAUGGCUCCUGGAAGUGAACAUUUCCCCCUCCCUACACUCAGCCUCACCCCUGGACCACUCUGUCAAGGGGCCACUCAUUGCAGAUCUCCUCAACAUGGUGGCAUUCCAUGUUCCUGACAAACUGAGUCAGCAACAACAGACCAACCUCUUGGCAGACCUAAAUCUUGGAGAGAAGGUGUCUGGGUUGUGUCUAGAUCGCAGAAUUUACACAAGGCUUCUGACACCAGAUGAACAGCUAAAGCACGUCACUAUCAAUGCCAUGUCCAGGAGUGAGUACCUGACUGCUGCCAUCGAGAACCUGACUCCUGACGAUGUGCGGCACAUGAUAAUGGCUGAGGAUGAGCUGCACAGAGCUGGCAAGUUCACCCGCAUAUUUCCAACAGCUGAAACACACCAGUACUUUGGAUUCAUGGAGAAGCCUCGGUACUACAACAGACUGAUGGAUGCCUGGGAGAACAAGUAUUCUGGGUGCAGAGAGAAAGCCAUUGAAAACAUAGAAGCCUUGUGUGCUGAUAAGUUCCACCUCAGGGUACCUCCCACCUUCAAAAUGCCAAAGGUCACUGUCUCAGGCGGCUUCAAGGUCACUCCCAGACUGCCGUUCUCCCCCCAACUGGGGAAGUCUCCACCAUCCCUGCCCCCACACCAGCCUCCCCCAAAACUCCUCACACAGCCACAGAGAGGAAAGAAGAAGGCACCGUUGCUGCGACGCUCCAGGAGAGUGAAGUUGUCAACACACCCGCUGAAGCCAGCUGUAGUGUCUAGCUUCUUUUAUCUGCGGGGCAUAAGUGCAGGGCAUGCAGGAGCGGAAGAAGAGGAGGAGGAGGAGGAGGAAGAGGAGUGUGUGACAGAUACAGAGGAGAUGAGAGUGGAAAUAUGUGCUGCACCUGAGAGUGAGGCUUCCCUUCUUGCAAGGGACAAGAAGGGAGCUGUGGAACAGAUUGAACACUUGUCAAUAUGUGAUGAAAAGUAAGUGACUUGUCUGACAAAGGCAAGCACAUUUUACUGUGAGCUUCUGAAAUUCUUGUAUACUGCCUACAGGUUAAAGUGAUAGUUAAAUUUUGAAACAUUUAUAAUAUUUAUUGUGAAAUAAAACGGAGAUCACAUUUUU